AUGUUUUGUGAUGGAUGGGAUGGAUUUAUGCUUAUUUCUGUUUUGGGACAGGAAAAAAAGCUUUUUCAAAUGAUUUUUUUUAUUAUGGAUGAUGUGAUGACGCCUCUGACAAUCGAGAAAACAUCAAAUAUCGAAAUAUCGGAUUAUCGACUUGAUAAGGAAGGAGAUGAAGAAGACGAGGAGGGAAAGAAGAAGCGCAGGGAGUCUUUUCUCUUUCUUGGAUUAUUUUAA